GGCUGAACAAGGACAAUUUUCUGAGCCGCCAGAGACCAGCAGGGUAAUGCACUUGCAUUUGUCUUCCACCACUCCAGUGGAUCGUAUGCAUUUUCGCUUUCCGCGAGGAGGCUGAUUUUUCCUGAUCUUCCUCGGUCGCGCUAUGUCAGCUGGAGUUGGAUUCUUUAGCCGGUCAAGUAGUGAUACCCUCCUUUUCUUUACAUAUGUCUCCGUCUCAUUCAGAAUCGCUACUGCAUGGGUCGUACGAACUAGGAAGUGCACUACUACUCGUACUGGAACUGGCGGCCAUGUUUUACAACACGUGUCACUGACUCCGUUUAUGCUCAGUAUUCUUCCUAUUAUUCCCAUAUUAUGCCCGGUGCCCCGCAUGCCCCAUUAUUCCCAUUAUUAUGCCGGCAUAUUCGGCGCACCC